AUGUUUCGACUGUUCUUCUUGACGACUUUGGCCAUUUUCUUGGCCGCUUCCUUCGGAACUUCGCAGAACAAUUCUUCAAAUCAGGUAACUUUAUUAUUUCCGAGAAUUUCAAUUGGCAAGGGAACUGUACAGGUUCGGUUUUCUUAUCUUUCUAGACUCCGGACAACGCUGUUUUUAUGCGUUUUCAGGUUCUUUCACAUUCAUAAUCCGUUCAAUAUCUUGGUUGCAAACUAGAAAAUCAGCUACCAGAGACACAAAUUUAACUUAUCAUUGAUUUCACAUGCAGAAAUUGAAGCGAUAUGGCGUCGGAUACAGCAUUCCCGCUUUAGAUAAUUUUAUACAAUUCGGCUAGCUCAUGGGCCAUCUUUAGUUUUCACGAGAUUAUUAAAGGAAAGAAAACAAAGUAGUUGCACUCCAUGCACGAAAGCCCAGGGUUGAAAUUCGAGAAAUUCGCGCGAACAGCACGCGCCACUAACACGCGCGUGUGAACUUACGCGUGAACGCAUCGCUCUCUCGUUACCAGUCACCUCUCAAUGGGAAACAAACGCCUGUGGAACAUUUGCCAACCAGGCAAAAGUGUUUCCCCCAAAGAUCUCAGGAAAGUUGAUCCAAAUCUACCGUGUUCGACUUCUAAAAUAAUCCUCGGGAAGUAGAGCGUCAAUCAGAGAAGCUUGUAGGGAGAUUGAUUGUUAAAAUAGCUGUUACUCUUAACAAAAAACCGUGAGGUCAAAAAGGUGAGCUCAGGUGAGCAUAACUCUUUGACGACUGUUGGUCUUUUUGGUCCUAAUUUUUGAAUCAUGAACAUUUUCCUUCAUGGAUCCAUUCAGCUAUCCAUUUAAGCUCUUAAGAUGGCAAACAGCAAAAUCAGCAAGGAUAGAUCUUUCUACAGGUACCUCAUUUAAUCCUAACAGUGUUAGUCGAUUCCAGUGGAGACUACUCUACAAUGACUGUCUACCAAAAAAGUUACUUAAUUACAAUCAAUUAGCACAAAAAUAUGCUUUGAGUGUUAAAAAAUGUCUUUUUUAGCCAUUCCCAUGUUAACUAGCCAAAAACCGCUCCAAAAAGGAGGAUUUGGUCAAAAAAGCAGUUUUUUUGCUACAAUAAAAUGGCGGUAGCAAAGAGUUAAUUUUACGCUGGUAAGCUUAUAAAAGAUAUAAAAGCUUAAAAACUUACAAUAUGUACUUUUGUGUCGCUUGUUAGCUAUUUGCUUAUUACUUAGCAGCUAAGUUUAUUGGACCUUAAGUGAGUUUAAAUAUUCUGCAUUGGCCUCAAAAGAAAAGAACUUUUUUAUUGUGAAGUUUUUUUCAAAUUAUGUUCCUUUUUCUGUCAAUAAAACUGACCGAUUUGACCUUAUCGAAGGUUAGUUUUUUUUACCGCUACUUGAACACUCUUGUAAUAUCGCUACUAUUUGAACACUCUUAUAACGUUUAUUUCUAGGUUGAUAAAUAUUGAUGUAUACAUGUAUUUGUAGAUUUUUAUCACAUUAUUGUGAUUAUUGCAAUUCACAGCUUUUGGGAAGAUCAAAGUGCAAUGUAUUGUAAUUUUUGAUCAAGUCUAUCCAUCUAUCUAUCUAUCUAUGUAUCUAUGUAUCUAUCUGUCUGUCUGUCUAUCUAUCUGUCUAAAGCUAUCUUUAAAAGAAAACUGGCUAGUAGGCAGGCAAACUUUUGACUACAUUUUACUAUAUUUUAUUAUUUGUACAUAUUUUUAGUGUAGUUGUACAGUAUUUACUUCUGUUUCUAUACGGCUUUCAUGUAAAGAAGUUAUGUAACUUAUGAAAUUACCGUAUUCAAAUAAAAGUGAAUCAAUCAAUCUAUCUGUCUAUCUGUCUGUCUGUCUCUAUCUAUCUAUCUAUCUGUCUAUCUGUCUGUCUGUCUAUCUAUCUAUCUAUCUGUCUAUCUGUCUGUCUGUCUGUCUGUCUAUCUGUCUGUCUAUCUGUCUGUCUGUCUGUCUGUCUGUCUGUCUGUCUAUCUAUCUAUCUAUCUAUCUGUCUGUCUAUCUAUCUAUCUAUCUUUCUAUCUGUCUAUCUGUCUGUCUGUCUGUCUGUCUAUCUAUCUAUCUAUCUAUCUAUCUAUCUAUCUAUCUAUCUGUCUAUCUCUGUCUGUCUGUCUGUCUGUCUAUCUAUCUAUCUAUCUAAAACCACAGGAGCAAAGGGUUCCAUCUAACAUGAACACGGGAACAAUGGAGGAGUUCACACAACCUCAUUUACUUUCCCUACUAAAAUCAAAGAACUUGGAAAAAGUGGACCAGUCACAUGGACUUUUCUUUUCUCUCUUUGGUUCCAUUUUCUUUAGAUAAUUAAUAUAUUUUUCAAAAUGUGUCAGUUAAUGCUGUAAUAGCUCAAACUUUUCUACCAGGCGUGAGAAACUGGAACACAGGUGUGAGCAGGCAUGAGAUCAAAGUUUUUCGAUCCACAGGCAUGACAAUCGCUCCUUAGGCACUUGGCAGGUAUAAUAUUCAGUCUCACCUUUUAAUUUCCUGUUGUUUAACUUACCUCUUUCAUUUCCAUUUUGGUGUCUUUCCAAAUUCAGUUCCUAUAGCAACUCAGUUUAUGCUAGAGCAUUUUCAUAUCAUUUAUCUAGAGUUUGCAGUUUUCCUUAGAUGAUGAAAGUAUGUUAAAUUUCCCAAUCUAACAGACUAAUGGAUCUGCAGCAAAGUCUAAAAGCUGUAAAGUUGUACCUCAAGCUCGUUGCUGUAAGGAUGGUGAGUUUACAAUUGUUAAAAUUGAUUUACGACAGAAUGAUUAUCCAUGGAUGUGGAAAAAAAAACCAGCUAUCAAAAACGAAAAAAAAAUCUUCUUAGUAGGUUAAGAUUUACCAGACAUUGAGCCAAAGGCCAGCAAAGUACAUUAAAGGAUUUGCAUUAGCGGGAUCAGUUCAAGUUGCAAUUGUAACAAUUUGCUGGAUCUGCUGUAUUCAGAUUGUGUGGUUUCAUCAAAUUAGUUCAGUUGUGCUUAAAUUAAUAAUACUGCCGCUGUAUUUUUUCAAUAGGCAAAGAUGGAAAGGAUGGACAAGAUGGUGAGUCAUACAUUAACAUGCAGUGAUUUUCCCUUAUUAUUGGGCUGCCCAUGAGGGCAACGGCCAAUCAAGAAAUGAUAAGCAAAUUCUUUCUAUGUCAAAAAAGAUAAAAUGGCGGACAGAACUCCCAGAAAGCUUUGCAAGUCCCAUUCUCUCUUUAGUGGGGCCAAUUUUUGCGAGGAGGGACGUGUCAUUUCAGGUCGUUUGGCGAACCGAUUUAGAAGUCGAUGUGGACAAACACAAAAUUAUUGUGUGGAGUUAUUGGCCCUAUAUCUGCACCGUGAAUGAUUAUCUAAAUGCGGUAUUUGAUGAUGUUGUUAGCCUGUGUGGGAGCUGUAGAAACAAUGCCCUCCCACCGUCCCUACAGGAAAAGCUUUGUUUUGUUGCAAUUCUCUCCCUGUGUGUGAAAAGUCUUUCCUAAAGAAAGAAAUAUGCUAUAAUUUUUGUAGAUUGCCCUGUCAAAUAAAAACAUAUUCACUUGGAUGGACUGUUAGGAGGGCUUUAAAUACAAUAUCUGACAGAAAUAAAACUGAAACUUAUUUGCUUUGAGAGUUUUAAGAAACAGAAAAUUACUGUUGAAAAAGUAUUUCAAACACCAAAAUUGACACGUCACAUUUUACAACUAUAGAACAUCAAUAAUUUUUGGAAUUUCCUGUUAGAUCAGAUUAUAAACAAUAAUUAUUGGAUGAGGUUUUUGUGAUAUCCAGAAUAAUCAAGGUCAAGGUAAGUGUUAUCAGCCGAUAACACCUUUUGUGAUCUUCAUUACUGAAGAUAUCACAAAAACCCAAUGAUUCUAAUACAAUAAUAAUUGUUUUAUUAUACAUUGUUUUGAAGAAAGUAACGUCAAACACACUGUCUCAUGGAACCUGAAUUGAUAUUGUUAUUGGAAAUCAUGCAUUUAGUCAGUUAUCUGCUAGCAGAUAACUAACUAUUCUGUAGCUCGCGCUGAUUUCCAAAAUUAGCUGUAAGCUCUUAGCCAAUGAGAAGACAGAUGGUGAGUACAAUGUAUAAUAUUAAGUCAUAUGUUAGUACUGUCAUGCUAUAUUUUCGGUGGCAGUGGGAUGGGAAUGAGAUGUAGAAAUAUCCCAGUCGAAAAUAAUGCCAAUCGUUUCUUGCUCUAUCCCAUUCUCCGGGUUAGCAGUAGCUAUACACUCAUUAGCUGGUAUAAAGUGUAAAUUUUAUAAUCUACAGGUGUAUACUUCACAAAAUAAUAGACCACUGCAUCAUGCAGUCGGCAGCCCAAUGAACCUUCACUUUAUGGGGUUCUUGUCACCAUUGACAUUAAUGCAGCAUUAUAGAUUAAGAAAUAAUUAGCCACCAUGGCCACUGGUAUAAUGAAGUGUUGCUUUUGAUUUUUGCAGGAAAAGAUGGACGUGAUGGAGUGAAUGGUGAUGUACAUUUUAUGUUCCUUUCAUUCUCAAAAUAAAUCUUAGCCAUGGUGCUCACUCUUGUCAUUUAUUGUCGUAACAUAUUUUUGCAACAUUUCUUUACCCUUCCCUCGUAGCUUGUUGUCUGUGUUCUACCCUAGCUUUUAAAUAAUCCAAGGCUGCGCUCCGCUAAGAAAAAUUGAAGGGAGUCCAGUGCUCUGUACCUGUGAAAUCCAGGGUACCAAGUGUAGGAUUUUUUUGAAAAAGCUAAGAUGUCCUAGUCAUCCAAGAUCAGUAAGUAAGGUGCCAGGGGCCACUGGCUGCUGCUAGAGCAUCAGCCCUGUAAUCUGAAUAUUACAUUUUGUUUAUUGUUUUGAACACAGGAAAAGAUGGCCGUGAUGGACGAGAUGGCAGUGGAAUAAAGGUUGGCCUUUCUUAAUGUUAAUGCAUUAUUUUCUUUUUUUGCUUGAAAAGUUCAGAAAUUAAACAAACCAGGGAACUGUAUAUCUCUCUCAGACAUGGUCUCUGUACUAGUGUGAAGAUAACAAGUUGCCAAAAAGAAGUUUUACCGUCUUAAACUAACAUUUUGAACCUUGAGGUAACUUAGAUUAGCUUUAAUAGCUACCCACGGGCAUGUUAUCGUACUCUUACUUCAAAACACAAUAAAAUAAAAUGUAAAAUGUACUUGAAAAUCUAGGCUUUCCCUUUUCAGAGAAAGAAGAGGAAGACAUGAAAUAAUUUUAUAAAAAAUCAAUAGAGUAAAAUAUGUUUUUUUUUUGGAACAACCAACCUUAAGGGGCACUGUCACCAGAUGUAUUUGCAACAAUGGAAACAGGACAGAAAAAAUAAUUUUAGUCAUAUGUUUUCGUUGUUGCAAGUCUUAAUGAAAAAGGAACAAGAUAUUUCUAAUCAUUCAUAUACUGCCUUAAAAAAUUGCUUGCUUGCCUGAAGUGGUAAAUUACAUAAUUUGCAUUUUUAUGUGAGUAUGUGUAAUUUUUUUAGCCCUGGUUUUUUUACCUGUCUUUGAAGUUAAUAUCUGUUGGCAUGAGCCUGAUAAAUCCCGUCCCCACUGCCAAGGGGCCUGGAUCCAAAAUAUAAUAAUUAUAUUUUACCCAGGCGCCUUGGCAGUGGGACAGGUGAUUUAUUGAUUUAAGACACUAUUAGGUACAAGUUAAGGUAGAGUAACCUUCCCUACCCUAUUCUAUGGUUAUACAAGGCACGUAGUCACUAAGCAGGUUUAUGGAUAAACUCAGAACUAAUAUUAAUUUAAAUAUGGGCACGGAGCAGUUUUGGUCACUUUUAAACUAAACAAAAGGUGAACAAAAAGUGCAUUAACAUGUGUUGACUUUUAAUUUUUAGUCAUUUUGUUACUGUAAAUAAAUAAACAUAUUUUAGUGGUAGCAAGUCCAUCAAGCGGUUCUUCACCUACCACAUUCAAAAAGCAAUGUGCCACCCCAUAACUGCAGCACCCAUGCACCAUCAUUUUUCUCCAUUAAGGCUGAAGUUUCUUAAAGGAUAAAUAAAAGAUGAAUAAAAAAAAUGCACUUUAUUUGAGUGUCAAUGUAUUGAGCAUCAAAGUGCUAAUUGGGGACAUUAUAUUUUACGUCUCCUAAUGGAGACGGGACCACCAUUUUACGUGGUCAUCCGAGCCACGUGAAGGUCCAGCCGCCUGCAGUGCAAAGGGAGUACCUUCAUUUCUCAGUUAUUUUAAGACCCUGAGUAUUUGUCCGGCCCCGGGAAUCGAACCCGCGACCUAACAUAACAUACAUGUUUAUUCAAACUCAUAAUAACUACAUGAAUUUGAAAGGGAGAGUCUAGAGGUUAACCCUAUGAAUAAAACUCUCCUAAAAACAACAAACAAACAAUAAAAAUUACAACUUUAAAAAGGAUUUGAGUUUACAUUUAAAAAGUUCAAGGGUACCGGCUUUAACAACAUUACUAGGUAAAUUGUUCCAAUAACUAAUUACAUUGUUAAAAAAAGAAGAAUAUUUAAAACAGUUGAUUCUAGAUAAUUUACAAUAAAGCUUAUACGAGUGAUUUGCCCUAGUGGAUUUGACUUUUGCGAAUUGAAAGAAUUCCUCAAAAUCCAAGUGUGAUAAGCCAAAUCUUAUAACAUUCAACAAGAGAGGAAUAUGUCCUACGACUGGACAAAGAUGGCCAAUGUAACAAGUCACAACACUCUUCAUAAGACAUAUCACCUCUUUUGCCUAAGAGCUAAUCUUGACGGACGUCUUUGCACGCUCUCUAUUGCAUGAAUAUCUUUGACAAGAUAUGGGUUCCAGACUGGAGCAGCAUACUCUAAAAGUGGUCUGACCAAUGUUUUGUAAAGCAAUGAAAAAGUUGUUGUAUUAGCUGUUCCAACCGACCGUCUUAUUAGCCCUAGGACUUGGUUCGCCUUAUUCACCAUAGUACUUAUAUAUUCACUCCAAGUAAGAUCUUCUGAUAUAAUAAUUCCAAGAUCUUUAAAGCUCUUGACAUCUUUUAAGGCCGUACCUAGUUUAUAAUUCGUAGUCGAUUUGUCACGAGAAUGCGUUAUUCGCAUUGCUUCACACUUUUCCUCAUUGAAACGAAGUUGCCAUUUUUUCGCCCAUUUACCAAGAUUAUUCAAAUCAGUUUGAAGGUAUUGUUCAUCGAGACUAGGGUUGCGAAGCUCUCUGUAAAUCUUUGUGUCAUCCGCAAAUAAUUUAAUUUUUGAAGAGACACUAUCAACGAUAUCAUUACCUCCCGCUCUGCAGUCAAGCGCUCUACCGACUGAGCUAAUCCUGCCGUGGUACUGAGCUAAUCCUGCUGCGGUGUAAAAUUAAUAGUAAUAGUCAUCUUCUAAGUUAUUGUCAGUUUGGGUUUCACCUUGUAAAUAUCUAUGUUAGGCAGAAAAAGGAGAAACAGGGAAACCAGGAAGAGAUGGAAGUGCAGGUGUUAAGGUAUUAUAAAUAUGUACUGCUUUUCAAAUGGAGGUUUUUAGUUUCUGGAUCCAUACAUGUGUAUCUCUCCAUAAAACAUCAGUGAUCAUAUGGAGUGUAGUAAUGUCUUUUGUGUGUUUAAAUUUCGGUUGGACUUAGCAAAAUGAUCAAAAUUAUAAUCAGACCAGUUAGCUUUAUGUUGAUCACACCACAGUAUAGAUUGUCUGUAUUUGUUAUUUACCAUCUUCAUCAUCAUCAUUGUCACUCCUUUCUCACAGUUAGCUUUAAUUACUUAUUGUUAUUGUUAUUAUUAUUAUUAUUAUUAUUAUUAUUAUUAUUAUGUUUUUCUUCUUUCACAGUUCGUACUGUCCAGGGCUCCGACAAGCGCCCAGUCUCCUUGGGAGCAGCUGAGGGGAGUCUUUAUUUAAUUGGUAGACAGCACUUUUUGCAAAAUAUGGGCUGUGCCUAGAAGACUCAUCUUUGGGAGUUCUUCGAUAUUGAUGUUCCUAGUGAUUUUUUCCACGUAUUUUCCGAGGCCCGUUUUUAGUAGGCCAAGAGCUCCAAUAACUACAGACACAGUUUCUGUUUUAAGGCUCAUCCUUGAGACUUCGAUCUCUAAGUCGUUAUACUUUGAAAGCUUUUCAAUCAUGUUGACAGAUGAUGAUGAUGACGAUGAUUAUUAUUAUUAUGUCUUGUUUAGCAGUUCUUACUGCUCAGAACUCCAAGGAGCUACCAGUUUCCUUGGGAGUGGCUGAGGGGAGGGGGGAGUCGUUAUUAUCUAGUUGGUGAAGAGCGCUUUUUGUAAAAUGUGGCUGAUCUUGUGGAGGUCCUCAACAUUGAUGUUUCCAGGGAUUCUUUUGACGUAUUUUCCCAGGCCCUUUGUAAGCAGGCCAAGUGCUCCUUAUUAUUUCUGUUGUAGGGGGUGAAAGGAGAACCAGGAAUGGAUAAAAACAGUAAUGGUGGUGUUAAAGUAAGUGUAAGUUUCAUGACCUUUUUUUGUCUGUAAGAAAGAACACUUUAACAACCUUAAUCAGUUCUCCAACGUGGAUUUACCUUCAAUAAAAUAUUUCUGUUUUUUUUUUUUCUGCCAACUAAUUUUCAGUGUGCAAGACAAAAACGAAGGCACAUGCUUUAUCCAACACAGCCACACACACACCACUCAUUCAAUUUUCAUGUCCCUCACGCUUCUAAAUGUUACAUUCGGCCUGUUAGUUAGUAUGUCCGAGCUGGCGCUCGACUAAACUAACUAAACAGAUCGAAUUUUAUUUCUUUACGGAUUCGUUUCUGGUAUAAAACAAGCACCGUAUGUAACUUUAAGUUUUCUUCUUGUAUCGCUACAGUAAAGGAUAAAGGGGUGAUCAGGUUUUGAAAUUCCCGAGCUCUUUGGCUAUCUAGCAGAAUAUUAAUAUAUGUUCAUUAUAAUUAUAAAUACUUUGUUUGAUAAGGGUGAAAAGGGAUCUCGUGGUGACAAAGGAUCCCAAGGAGAGAAGGGAUCACAAGGACAAAAAGGAAUUUCGGGAACGUGUGAUACAAAGGUAAUUAUUACCUCACAGCUCCCAGAUUUUCACUCUUUAGUGAUAAUUAUCCUUAUUACAAUAAGCCAUAUUAAUUUAAUUACCAUAAACUGCAUGCACGAUCUCUUCCUUUCGGGCCUGUUGUCUUUAAAAGGGAGAAGUGUACGUGAAUAAGCGGUAAAGUUGUGACACGUGACGGUGAGUAUCUAGGUUUUUAAAAAUCAAAUAAAAAUUAGCUUGCAUGUCCUACUAGUCUAAGGAAAGAGGAACAAAAUACAUGUAAUGCCCGCAGUCUGCCAUAUAUGAUGUUAACGUAAGAUUAGCUCAAUGUCAUCUUGAAAGCAGGAUCCUUUUUACAUCACUUGGUGUCUGAUCAAGGGAGUUUUUCGUCAGAAAAAGUUAUCUGUACAGGUGUUCAACUCUGUUUGCCUAUAUAACUACAAUAAUGUACAAAAGUCUUGGGACACAUUUGCAUUUGUGCGGCUUUUUUUCAAUUCACACAUGCCCAACCCCUACCCCACCCCACAAACAACGUUGGACGCGUGUCGGCGUGUAUCCAGAAAUUUUCUGAGUUUCAGUAUUGUAUAGGGUGGGGGAGGAGAACUGCAAAAAAAAAAAUCGAAAAGGAUGCUUAACGUUUAUUUUAUAAGGGCUUCCAGAAAUUACAAAAAAAUAAGAAUACUUCAUCACUGCACUAGGACUUUUCUCCAGGAGUGUAUAUUAGGAGAUUGUUAGCUUUGUUCUUUUACUGUAUUUUGUUCUUACGAGUUAUUUUGCGUUUUAGGGCAAAUCAGGGUGCUGUUUAACCGGUAAGGGCAUUAUUUACUACUGUUGCCUACGAUGUACAUUUACAUUGAUUCACUGGAAAGAAGAGUUUCCGAAUUUUAAGUUCAUGAUAUCGUGGCCCAUCUUUGGUCAUUGAAAAACCACAACGCAUGAGUAAAUUCUUUUGUCGAUUAAUUCUAACUAGUUUUUUUCUUGACAUUAGCUGUUAACAAAGAUGUUCAUCCUUUUUUUUCUUGUGGAAGAUUGCUCUAUUGGACUCCACUUCUUUGAAAAAGUUCAAGACCUACCAACCCGAGGAGCUGUAGGUGUGGAACAUUUCACCAUUGAUGGAAAUUUGUUUCUUGCUUUUGCCAAUUAUCAUGGGGACAUUAGGAAAUGGAAGACAAGUUCCAUGAUCUACAAGAUGGACAACUCAACUGGAAGACUGUCUUUGUACCAGAACCUGCAAACAAGAGGAGCGUAUGGCCUGGAGUACUUUUCUAUCGCUAACAAACAUUUUCUUGCUGUCCCUACCCAUUACGAUGGAACAUACCGGGUGGAUUCCACAGUCUAUCAAUGGAAUGGAAAGUUGUUUGUCGACUUUCAGAAAUUAUCAACAUACGGAGCAAGCCACUUCACCUAUUUCAAGGUAAAUGGGGAUAGUUAUCUCGCAGUAGCAAACUACAAUGACGGAAGUACCCAUUCUAUAAAGUCAGUUAUCUACAAAUGGAGCAGCGGCAAGUUUAACAGAUUUCAAGACAUAUCAACUGAAGGUGCCGUGAGAUGUACGGCGUUUGUGAUAAACAGAGAAACAUUCAUCGCAUUUGCAAAUCAUUACUACUCCCAACACAAGCGUGCUGUUCAGUCCACUGUGUUCAAGUGGUCAGUAGGUCACUUUGUAAAACUGCAGUCUCUUCAGACUUACGCAGCGCACGAUGUGAAGCCUUUCAACGUCAACGGUCACACGUUUCUCGCUUUUGCCAACUACUACUCUGGAAUUCGAAGUAAACACAACAUCGAUUCUUUCAUUUACAAGUGGAAUGGUAACAAGUUCGUCCUGUUCCAGUCCAUUCCUACUCGAGGAGCCAUCGCAUGGUAUCCAUUUGUAAUCAGCGGUCAAACCUACCUUGGUGUGGCUAAUCACCAUGGUGACAGUCAGAAGUUCAACACCAAGUCAGUUGUGUACCAGGCCUCUGGAGCGCAGUUCAUCAAGUACCAAGAGAUUCCAACCCACGGGGCUUUUGGUAUGACGUCAUUUGAGUACAAAGGGCAUACUUACCUUGCAGUAGCAAACUACAAAAAUGGCCAAAAGCACAACAUAAACAGCGCCCUGUACAAGUGGGUAUAG